GUGUGUGUGUGUGUGUGUGAGAGAGAGAGAGAGAGAGAGAGAGAGCGCGAGCGCCGCGCGCACAUCCAGAUCCACUUGAUCAGUGUGGAGUUGUGGAGCAGCGCUUUGGCACAGAGACGAGAGCGCGACGAGGAGCUCACAUUAUCACGGCUCAGAUUCAAAACGCUUGUUUCAGUCUUGUCUCUGCUCCUGUGUAAAGACGGCAGAGUGACGAGGAGUGGUGUAGAGCAGAACAGAUCAGACGCAGAGCUUCUCAGUCAUGGCAGGGGCGAAGGCGCUCGACCUCAUGCUUGGACUUGUGUUACUUCUGCACGCUCUUGGAAGUCUGUUCCAGAUCACACGCGGGGAAUUAACCACCGAGGGAGUUUCCUAUUCCUUGCUUCAGGGGCCGGCACAAGAUGAUGACGUCACAGUGGAGGUACUCAGGAGGAGACGGUGGCUGUCUGAGCCGGGAACGACCAGCAACAAAGCCAGUCAGGAUACUUCAGAGGCAGACUCACAGGGUUUACAAGGACCGCUGACAGACACUGAAGCAGAUAACAGCUACCAGAUUACUGAGGACACAGAUCACAGCUAUUACACAUCAAGGACCUACGGCCCUAACGAUCCCAUGAGCAAAGAUUUAUGGGUGAACAUUGAUCAUAUGGACAAGGAGAAAGUGAAGAUUCAUGGAAUCCUGUCCAAUACACACAGACAAGCAGCGCGGGUCAACCUGUCUUUUGAUUUCCCCUUUUAUGGACAUCUUCUCAGGGAGAUCACUGUGGCAACUGGUGGCUUCAUUUACACAGGAGAUGUUUUGCACAGAAUGCUGACAGCCACACAGUAUAUUGCCCCCCUCAUGGCAAACUUCGACCCCAGUCUGUCCCGAAACUCAACAGUCAUUUAUUUUGACAAUGGCACAGCCCUGGUGGUUCAGUGGGAUCACGUUCACCUGCAGGACUCAUAUAAUCUGGGCAGCUUCACAUUUCAGGCCACACUACACAGUGAUGGCAGAAUUAUCUUCGCCUAUAAGGAGGUUCCUAUUCAGAUUGCUCAGAUCAGCUCUGUUAAUCAUCCAGUGAAGGUGGGCCUAUCUGAUGCCUUUGUAGUGGUUAACAGGAUCCAACAUAUUCCCAAUGUUCGGAGGAAGACCAUCUACGAGUAUCACCGUGUGGAGUUGCUCAAGACCAAAAUCACAAACAGCACAGCUGUGGAAAUGAUGCCACUUCCUACAUGUCUCCAGUUUCGAAGCUGUUCUGCCUGCAUCGCCUCCGAAAUCAACUUCAACUGCAGCUGGUGUCACCGACUCAACAGAUGUUCUAGUGGUUUUGACCGCCAUCGACAGGACUGGGUUGACAACAGCUGCCCAGAUGAGACAAAGGACAACACGUGUGACAUCAUCAACACCACUCAGUUUGAGUCGUCUACCACUGCAUCAGUGACCAAGACAUCCACAAGGAAUAGAGCUGUUACAGAAGCUGAUUCCACCCAGUUGACAUCACAUCCACCCACCAGCAUGCCUACAGAAGAUGACACCAAGAUUGCCCUUCAUCUCAAAGACAAUAGAGCUGCAGCAGCACACAGCAUGGCAGAGCGUGAAUCAACCAGCAGCAAACAAAACCUCCACACAGGUCUGAUACUGGCCAUGCUCAUGCUGAUGUUGGUCAUAGUGGCUGUGGUGUUAGUGACGGUUUACAUCUACCACCACCCCAGCUCCGCUGCCAGCCUUUUCUUCAUCGAGAGACGACCGAGCCGGUGGCCUGCCAUGAAGUUCCGCCGUGGCUCAGGGUAUCCUGCGUACGCAGAGGUCGAACCGGUCGGCCAUGAAAAAGAAGGAUUCGUCGAGGCUGAGCAGUGCUGAGGUCCUGACCGUUGACCUUGUUGCCCCUUCACACACUACACACUCAUCCGUGUAAGAACCGAAAUGCCCCACUUUCAUCGACCAUCCAAAAACAGGAAAAAACAGUGCGGAUAUUAAAUCAUUCCUGCAAGUAAGAGAAUUACCUGGUGGCUGACGAUCAGUAGCACAGAAUCAGAUUCCUACAGCAAUGAGCCAUGAGAAAACUGACAAAGGUAUGAUUCUGGAUCAUCUCUAAACUGCAUACUGAGCUCUGGAUCUGAUCUAGAAACAGCACCACAAAAGCCACGAUCCCACUGGAACAGAUCUGGAUUUCAAAUUAGACUCAUCUUUUUCUUUUCAGCACAAACUCUUUUUGAGAACUGUUUAAAAAUCAGAGGUCUGCAUCUCCGGUUUAUGGUUUAGGAGAUAUUAUUUAGGUCUUUAUAUAUCCUUGCGAUGGGAUUUAGUGGGUUUAUUUUUUAUCGUGUUGUGCUUUUUUUUUCAGUUUUUACUUGAUGUUUUGGAGGAAUUUAUUGCUGUUGCUUGAAAUACAGUUACACGUAUACUCAUACCAUAAAUAUCUUUUCCUUCUUUGAUUUUCUGCUACAAUUGGAAAACCUUUGCUCACUGGAUCCAACAGUGUUGCUCAACUUUUCCAUGCCUACGGACUCAUUUAUUUUUUUGCACAAAUCUUUUUUAAUGCACAUAUGGGGUUUUGUUUGGAUACAGACCUUGGGUUGUUAAUGCAAAGUUACAAGACAGGCGCUUGUGGAUCUUUGUCUCUUUGUUAAAAUGGAAGCGGGUGAAUGUUUGGAUGAAUUUUCUUGUUUGUUUAAUUCAUAUGUUUUGAUUGGUUUCUUAAAGUUUUUCAUCUCUGUUCCUGUGCCAAUUUAACCGGAGACUCCUUCUCCUUCCAUCCUAAUACAUAUGUUUAUUUUGCUUGUUGGAAAUUGUUUCUUUUUCAGUUGCUUACACACGGUCCAUGCGAUAGACAUGCCAGAGAACGUGACCACAUAAAUGAGAAUCUAUAUUUGCAAUCUGUCCAUAUGUAACGACUUAUAUAAAUCUAGAAGUAUAACAAUGUUUAAAUGUUAACAGCGGUGUUCUCAUGAUAAGAAUAGAGUAGGUUGCUUUUUGUUUGCUUGUUUGUUAAUGGAACGAAGACCUUCAGGUUCAUCCUUCAAUUCGUGGAUUCUCCGUAAUGAAUCAGAGAAAUAGAUUUCUAUUAAUGUAGCAUAGACAAAAAAUAAAUAAUUCUAAAAUUCAGUCUUUUUUUAUUAUUUUGUGACCAAUAUUUACACUUGGAUGACUUGGUUUUUACUCUACAGUCAUAUUCAUAGCACUUCUUGAUUGUUCUUGUUAAGUGUUUUACUAUUUUCAAGACCAAAGACCCAUCUCACUGCAUCACAACUACUUCCUUGUUCCUUUUUUUUCCCCUCUCUCUGUUACACACACACACACACAUAAACAAACACAAACACACACCUAGAUUAAGAUACAAGGCUUCUGAAACUACACAACAGACACAGCCCCAGUUAGAAACGUGAUCGUUUGAAGCUGAAGGACAAAUCAUAAAGAGAACAAUACGUCACAGAUGCAAAAAAAAAAAAUCCUCUAUGAUUGCAUGUUUUACACAACCAAUGCAGAUGAUGGUAUACAAGAAGCAUAAUAUUCAAGUAAAAUGAUUUAUGAGAAUGCAGGAAAGACAAUUAGGCCUUCUUUUAGUUUGUGGGUUUUUUAUUUCCUUUUGGUUUGCUUUUUUUUUAUUCCUGUAUCACUGGACUAAUUUGAUGAAUCUCAUCCAUCCUGAGAGUGAGUGAGUGUGUGUGUGAUUCUUAAGUGAAUGAAUGUUUGACAGAUGAGGAGAAAGUUACGUCGAACAGCAGGCCGUGUGCUCUCAAAGUCAGGAUUUUUCACAAUAACAGUGAUCGGAGAGCUGCUGGAUUAGGUGAUGCUGUAACUCUGUGUGCUCCUCUAUAACUACUGUCAUUUUGAUUGCAUUUUAAAUCAAUAAAGUUGUUUAAACAAGG